AUGGCCCUAACAGCUGGCGAGAGCAAGGAGGAAGCUCUUGGGAACAUUACUGCGAUAGAUGUAGAAAAAGCCGAGAUUGGGAGCACAACCGACACGUCGGUCGAUGUGCCCAUAAGCCACAUCAAGCUCGACCGGAACCGCUUCUCCAUCGCCGGCGCAGCGAAUUUGUCUCUCGACGACGUCGAGGCUGUCAAUGUUCAGAUCCGGGGACUCGCAAUCUCAGUCGAUACGGCUCCUUCAUGGCUUGAUCCUAGCACGUACCCCGAAUUAUUCUCCGCCGGGUUCAAGACGGUGCCUCGCAUCAAAACUCUUUUGCACUCCGUUGAUGCGGACCUCAAGCCUGGAUCUUUGACUGCCAUCAUUGGAGGCAGUGGCUCGGGAAAGACGACGCUGCUCAACAACCUCGCCGAAAGAGUUGUCAGCUCGAGGUUGAGCCAACAAGGCCUGGCAACACUCAACGGGCAAAUCGGGGUCAAUAGUGUUCGAAAUGCCUACGUUAUGCAGCAGGAUAUCCUGCUCCCGACUCUGACAGUUCGGGAGACCCUGAGAUACUCGGCUGAUCUUCGACUGCCAUCGUCUACCAGCGCCGGGGACCGUGAGAGGAUCGUCGAGGAAGUCAUCCGCGAGCUAGGUCUCAAAGAAUGCGCCAAUACGCGCAUAGGAAAUAGUCAGCACCGCGGCUGCUCUGGAGGCGAGAAGAGGCGAGUAAGCAUUGGAGUUCAGCUUCUGUCCAAUCCAUCCGUGCUGUUCCUUGACGAGCCUACCACUGGUCUGGACGCAACAAGCGCGUUCCAGCUCAUAAGAACCCUCAAAGCUUUGUCCCAGAAAGGUCGAACAAUUAUCACGACAAUUCACCAGCCUCGAUCCGAGAUUUGGGACCUGUUUGACAACCUCAUCAUCCUGUCCAAGGGAAGCCCCGUCUUCUCCGGCCCCGUCUCCCAAUGUCUCCCCUGGUUUAAGGAUCUCGGUCACCAACUGCCGCCGUUUGUCAAUCCAGCAGAAUUCGUCAUCGACAUUGCCGCCGUAGACAAUCGCACCCCUGAGUUAGAGGCAGAAACUUCAACUCGUCUCGAAGGUCUCAAAGCAGCAUGGAGGAUAGAGAGUGAAAGUCGCUUCCUGCCUCUAGAGGGCAUCGCCGAGAUGAGGAAGCGGAAAAGACACUCACAGGCGACGACGCAUGCAGGAUUCCUCCGUCAGGUACGCAUCUUGACAGAUCGUACCCUAAAGGUCACAUAUCGAGAUCCCCUUGGCAUGACAGCGUCUAUUCUGGAGGCCAUCAUCAUGGGAGUCGUGAUAGGCUACUUGUUUUUCAAUGUCGGCCGCGAUCAGGCUGGCAUUAGGUCUAGGGAAGGUCUUCUUUAUAUAUGCGUAGGUCUCCAGGGCUACUUGAUCCUGAUGUUCGAAACAUACCGCUUGACCAUUGAUAUGCCGACAUUUGAUCGCGAGUCUUCAGAGCACUGUGUUGAUGCCGUACCCUACAUCUUGUCACGACGAUUGGCACGACUGAUAACAGAGGAUUUCCCUGUCCCUUUCUUAUUCUCUCUGAUUCUAUAUUUCAUGGCCGGAUUUGACCAUGAUGCCGCGAAAUUCUUCACCUUCUUCAGUAUCAGCUUUGUCAACCAUUUUGCUUGCAUCAUGUGUGCAUUCACAUGUGUCGUCACAGUACGACAUUUCCCGGGAGCGAGUUUGAUUGCCAAUUUUGCGUUCACGUUGCAAAGCAUAGCGUGCGGUAUAUUUAUUCAAGUCGAUACUAUUCCGGUUUAUGUUCGAUGGCUGAAAUGGCUGACUUGGUCGUUCUAUACCUUUGGAGCGUAUUGUGGCAACGAAUUCCAAGGCAGCUUCUAUGACUGCCCUGAGUCAGGGGGGGCAUCUAAUCCAGCCUGCCUUCAGUAUACGGGAGAAUACAUCAUGUCAUCCCUCGGAUUUCCCAGAAACUGGAUUGCUCGCCCGAUCGCUUGCCUCACGGCCUUUGUCAUCUUCUUCUUCAUCUUAUCGGCUAUUGGGUUACACUACAUCAAGGUUGAAAUGACCAUCGCGCGGCCGCGAGUUUCAGACACGGACCUGUCGGCCGGAAAGGAAAAGAUGACUGCAAGGUCAAUUGCAGAGGUUCGCACCAUCGAUGUUGAGCUGGAGAAUUUCUCUCUCGAUCUCGAUAAAAGAACUGCCAAUGGCAAAAAGCUGCCUCGAAAAACGAUUGUCAAGCCUAUCAAUGUGACCUUCCAGGCCGGUACCUUGAACAUCAUCAUGGGUCCGUCUGGUAGUGGGAAAACUUCUCUUCUUAACUCGAUGGCACUCCGGCUACGCAACUCGAUUGGCACCAACUACCGCCCAUCUGGCAAGAUGUCCUUCAAUGGGGCAGUUCCGUCAUCGUCGGUUGUCCGAUCUGUCUGUUCCUAUGUCUGCCAGGAUGAUGAUGCUCUCUUACCUUCGUUGACGGUUCGUGAGACGCUGAGGUUUUCUGCUGCUCUGCGACUGCCCUCAUUUAUGAGCAAAGAGGACAAGUAUCGGCGCGCUGAGGAGAUCCUUUUGAAAAUGGGGUUGAAAGAUUGUGCUGAUAAUUUGAUCGGUAAUGAUUUGGUCAAGGGCAUCUCAGGAGGAGAAAAGCGGCGAGUGUCCAUUGCUGUACAGAUCCUGACAGAUCCUCGCAUUCUUCUCCUGGAUGAGCCGACCUCCGGACUCGACGCCUUCACCGCGAGUUCCAUCAUGGAAGUUCUCCAAGGACUUGCGACUGAAGGCCGCACAGUCAUUUUGACUAUCCACCAACCUCGAUCGGACUUGUUCAAACACUUUGGCAAUGUCCUUCUCCUUGCGCGUGGCGGUGCCCCAGCCUAUGCCGGUCCUGCCAAGGAUAUGCUCAAUUAUUUUAAUAAGCAGGGAUACCAAUGCCCACAGCAUUCGAACCCAGCGGACUUUGCUCUGGAUAUGAUUACUAUCGACUUGCAACGAGAUGAUAGAGAGGCGGAGAGUAGAGAUAGAGUUGAAAAGCUCAUUGAAGAGUGGAAAAGAUGUUCAUCGGGGGGAGACAGGGACCAGCUGUGGAAGAAAGAGGAAGGAUCAAGACUUCCAGAGAUAACUGAAGCCGACGAACUAGACGAAAAGAACACGUUCGGUGAAGGUGUAAACGCAGCAGAAGCAAACGUCGAUGAAUCUCUGCCAAAGAUUCAACCUGCAGCAUCUCGCAAAUCCUUCAACAAAGCCAAUCUUUCAACGCCGGCAGAACUCGGUGCUCUGGUCCACAAGCCUGCUUCUCUCGCCACCGCUGUGCCUCUGCUUCUGCAUCGUGCCAUUAUCAACACUCGCCGGCAGCCUCAGCUCAUCAUGGCUCGCACGAUGCAGGUUGUGGGACUGGCCAUCAUCUUCGCCCUCUUCUUCGCACCAUUGCAUCACGAUUACUACUCGGUCCAGAACUGGAUGGGUUUCAUCCAGGAGAUUGGAGCUUUCUACUUUGUCGGCAUGCUGCAAAACGUGGCAAUCUAUCCCACUGAGCGAGACGUCUUUUACCGAGAGGAUGAUGAUGGAGUAUACAGCGUGGAUGCGUUCCUGCUUUCCUAUACAAUUCUUGAGGUCCCCUUUGAGAUUCUCAGUUGUCUUCUUUUCGGCAUCUUGAUGUGUCUCGCCGUCGGCCUUCCCAGGACGGCAACCAUGUACUUUGUCUCCGUCUUUGGCUGCUUCGGGAUAGUCUCGUGUGGCGAGAGCCUUGGGAUCAUGUUCAACACUAUCGUCAACCACACCGGCUUCGCCGUCAACAUCAUGGGCAUGUUUCUCUCCAUUGCCACCGCCAUGGCUGGUGUUCUGUCCAUCAACGCCCCCAAGCCCUUCAAGGCCCUCAACUACCUCUCGCCUAUCCGCUAUGCAUCACGAUCAAUCGCCCCCUAUGCCUUGCGGGAUGAAACCUUCUACUGCAAGCCGGGACAACAGCUUGCAAACGGCACUUGCCCGAUCGAGACAGGCAAGCAGGUCCUUCAGCUGUACGAUUUUGAUGUCGAUCCGGUGGUGAAUGUGGCAGCUUUGGCAGGGUGUUUGGUCGUAUACCGGCUGUUGGCUUGGCUGCUGCUGAGGCUGGCGAGGACAAGAUGGGGCGGAUCUAAGAAAUAG